AUGGCAAUUGCAGAUUCGCAACUAGUGUCACAAACUUCUCGCACCCAAGUGCUGGGUGCAAAGAGGAGUAGAGGAGAUAGUGACAGUGAAGGUCCAGCCGGGGAUAGAAACAGCAUCAAGGUAAUGGUGUCAAAAGCGCAAAACAGGCACAAGGUGGGAUACGGAACAGGUGUCGAAGGUGCAAAAGGCGCACAGAGAUGCAUCGACCCACCGAAACACGGUGAUGCAAACUCCAAGCAGAGGGAGGCAUCGACCCGCACUAUGCGGUCACGCACAACCCAACAGAAAAGAGGCGUCGACCCUCACCGAGCGGUCACACGCAGUCAUGCACAACCAACCGAAGUGAGAGGCAUCGACCCGCCGUCGCGGUCAUGCGCACCCAAACAGAAGAUAGGCGUCGACCCGCCGUCGCGGUCACGCACACUCCAGACGGAGAGAGGCAUCGGCCCGCCGAAACGCGGUCAUGCGUAUUCCGAACAGAGGGAGGCAUCGGCCCGCCGUCGCGGUCAUGCACACCCAAACAAAGGAGAGAGGCGUCAGCCCGCCGUCGCGGUCACGCACACUCUGAAGAAGAAGCACCAACCCGCCGUGCACAGAAGAAAGAGAAACCGACACGCACAACGCAGUUGCGCACGUUUCGCCAAGCAAGUACCCGUCGGUACAGAGAGAUAA